UUCCACAGCAACAGGACAGAACAGGAAAAUUAAAAAGGCCAGAACUUCUAACACCAAAGAAAACAACACCAACUAUGACCCAAAGGGGCAUAACAAGGCAGUAAAGCUUGUUGAAACAAUUACAGACAACAAAGGCAAAGGAAAAGAAACAUCUACUCUUGAAGAAAGCAACGUACAAAACACAACAAUAGUAGAUGCGUGUCAAGAUCUGCCAAAACAAAUGGAACACGUGGGGACGCAUGAUCAAAUAAACAAACAUGCAUCAGUAGAAGCCAGAAACUUACAAAAAGCUUUCAAGCUCGCAAGAAUACAAGAAAAGAAACAUCUUUCACAACGAAAAGAAGAAGGGCCUUCAGAUUUAAGCCCCAACAACCCUUAUAUUAAAAAGGAAAAGCCUUUAGCUUUAAGCCCCAACAACCCUUACAUUAAAGAGGAAAUCCAUGAAAUGAUUGUGGAAACGGGGAUAACCGAAUCAUCUAUAAUGGAUACAGAAUCAGAUGCGGAUACAAAAAUGGAGCCAGUAAUCUUUGAAGCAGAAAUUACAAUUACUAGCUCGAGCGCAGAUCAAAUAUCAGAAGUCUCCCAAACCGAAAAUAUGGUUAUAACUAGCCAAGAAAGCAUGAUUAUAGACCCUUUAUCAACACUUUACGAUCAGACUAAAGUAUUAGAAAAUACUACUCAAACAGAGGAAUCAGAUGGUUUUACAGUGGUUACUUCAAAGAAGAAAGCUAGAAACCGUAACAAAAUUAAUGCAGCAGAUGGAAACAAAAUACAGUCAGGGUCUGGAUUAGCCUCAAAAGCUUACAAACCCUACUAA